ACCUCUGGACGCACAUGUGAUGGAACAUAAUGGCGAUGAGCUCGACCUUUUCAUCAAGCUGAAGGUUGACGGCACCCGACAUUUGGACGAGCUGUCUAGGAAAUGUUGCCCACACCUCCACCACUUCCUCGUCUUCUCAUCUCUAUGCUCAAGUUGUGGUAGCCCUUGGGAGCCAUACAGUACUUACGCCGGCUCUGUCGUUGAACGCAUUUGCGAGAACCGAGCCGUGGAUGGACUACCCGGACUCGCCAUACAGUGGGACGCCCUCGAAGACGGUAGCCCCACUGACGAUACGACGAGCCCCGAGGGGACGUUGGAUGGCACACUACCCCAGCGAUUCAGCUCCUGCUGGAAUGUAAUUGAACGGUUCCUGAGCCAAAGCCAUCCGGUCGUCUCAAGCUUUGUCAGGACAAACCUGUCUUCGGAGUCCCACGAGACCGCAGAUAAGCCUGACCUCGUCUACUCCGUGACACGCAUUUUCGGCAUUCCAAUAGUGUUUUCGAACUUAUCUGAUUCAUCCUGUCGCGCAUCUAUUUAAAAAAUUCCCGCCUUUGGCACGCGAAUCUUCGGGAAAACAAAGGUUACUUGCGAAUUAUGCACUCGUAACAUCAAGAUAAGGCCAGUUGGCAUGCACCCGUAUGUAUUUCUACCUCUGUGACGAUUUAUCUAAGUAUGAGUGUCCUACACAUUUGCUUUUCUCUUCUUAAUGAGGAGGUAAAGAAAUUGUAGAACCAACAAAAAGAUGGGUCUUGCUGUAGAAAUCAUGGCUGUUCCGAGCAGCAGCCUCAACCACUCCGCAUCGUUUCGGCGCAUCAAAGAGAAGGGUUCUACCAUUAUGCAGGACUAGCCUAAACUCACUCGGUGUAAGUAACCGUGCUAACUCUGCUAAUAACGUACCUGGAUUGCUUUACCGUAACACUAGAUUCCCACCAUUCUCAGUUAAGCACCUUGCUUAUUAAGUUUCCUUCUUAAACUUGAACAUGGCAAUGUUGCAUUAUGUAUCUACAACUCUAACUAAAGCUAUAGAAUAAAUACAAAACCACGAGACUAGGCUCGUUCUUGAGGGGUACUUUUGUAACACGGGCAUUAGGAACACUGCUUUAACGUGCUGCGCUCGCUUCUCGCUUUUUAGAUCACACCCCUCUGCCAUUACCACAAUGUAUUUAUGAUUUCCCAGCAUUCAACAACCCGAUCCCCCCCCGUCCCUAAUGCUUCCAACCGCAGCUACCACAACGCCGUUUUUUUUUUUUUUUCGAGAACUCAUACACCCACAAUGCAGUGGUCCUUUUUCCUACGCACAGCCAAAUACUGGAAUCGGCUGACAGCCCGUCAUGGCCAAGAUGAAUGCUCCAUCUCGGCUCAAAACCUCCAUUACUCUUGGACCUUGUUCACUGUACAAAUGUGGCGCCACUUUCAACACUCAUCCUCCUUGUAAUAUCCCACCAUGGGUACAAUGAAUGAAUGAAUGCAUGAGAAACAAAUAAAUCAGCCAAUACACACGACAAUAGAGUUGAUGGCGGCUGCUGUUGCUAAGUGGUGCACCACCGCCCGUGCCAUGAGGUAGUUGUAGCCUUGCCUUUAUCUGAGAAAAGGGGUCUUUUCCGCUUUCGUUUCCAUUUUCCUAUUCAUUGUGCAUUUCAGUGAAGCGUCACAGUUAAUUUCUCUUGUGGUUUUCAUCGCUGCAUUGUUUGUUUAUUUAUAUAUUCGUAACUAACUUGUUUCCGCACGGUUUCAAGAUCAGAUCAAGUUGGAUCCUACGAUGAGCCUCGGCGAGUUGUGCAUGGACUCUGUGACGGACGUUGAAGUUCAGCGACUGAUUACGAAGGAAUGUGGACUCACCUUGUCUGUACAGGAGAUCCGACAGCUCAUCAUCGACCACUUGCGAAAGAACUGCGGUGUCAAGAGUGAUAGCGCAGCUGCCUUCAAACGCAGUUCCACGUGCCAUGACGCAGGCGGUGGCAGAUGGGGUUGCCUGCCUGCAGUUUUGCACCAACGGAUAAAUCAAAUUCUGCGCGGCUCUUUUUCACGUUAUGCCACAACGCAAUAAAAUCU